GAGCCAGGAAAAAAAAAAUUAAAAAAAAAAUGAGCCACUCCGAGGAAUUCCCGCUGUUGGAAGGGGUGGGACUCUACGCGUCCGACAUCUCCGGCGACGGGAAUUGUCUAUUCCAUGCGCUCAGUGAUCAGGUAUGCUCUUCUUCUUCUUCUUCUUCAUGCUUUAUCAUCUUGUAAACGUGGAAAGCGAUAACUUAUCCAUUCACGAUACCGCAAAGUUAUACGGGCAUGAAAACAAUCACUCGGAGAUUCGGGAGAGGGUCGUUGAACGUAUGAUAUAGAUUACUACCCCCUUCACCCACUCCUUCUUCCUCCAUUUGCUGAUGAUCGGGUCAUAGAUAUGCGUAACAAUGCCUCCUACUUCAAGCUCUUCCUCGACGUCGGUCCCACACGGCGUGCGCCCAAGCGGAAAGCGGCCAACAAAAAUAAUGGUAAGAACGCCACCACGGUUACGGCUGGGCUGCCGAGCGAGAGUGCGAUUGAUGUUGCGUUCGCGCAGCACUUGAGCAGGAUGGCCAGGUCCGGGGUUUACGGGGACAACAUGGAGAUCAGCGCGUUCGCACGGGAGUACGAGUGCGACGUCAAGAUUUAUCAGAGAGAUUUUGCUUACGUUGUUACCGGUGGGGAGGGGAUUGACGAUGAUGAAGGAGGGAGAGGAAGAGGAGAUCCGGGGAGAGGGGGGAAGAGGAAAGCACUGCAUAUUGCUUACCAUGUAAGUUCCAUAUAACUCCUCCCCCCCCUACCUACCUACCUACCUACCUACCUACCUACCUACCUAUAUCCCCAUUGCCCCGCACACCGCACCCGUAUUAAACCUUUUGAGAAGGAGGUAUAAUAAAAAAAACGAGUGAUUGAAUUGACCCCCCCCCCCCUCCCCGGGAGGAAUGAACAACAAUUUUCUAAGCUCAUACAAAUCACGAGUGCGCUUCAAUCACAGACAUGGGAGCACUACUCGUCAGUUCGGAACAGAGGCGGACCACACACCGGACCCCCGAACGUUUCCCCGGUACCCUUGACCGAAGAAGGGCGUAAGGAGCAGGAUAAGAAGCUUGCUGGUGGCUCCUACGUUCAGCCGUGGAUGGUGAAAACUGUGACCUCAAGCUUGCCGUAUCUAACAGACCCGCAGAGGGUUCGAGAAGCGUUAGAGGAGGCCAAGGGGAAUAUCGACGUAGCGGUUUCGAGGUUGUUGGACGUUGAGGAGGGGGAGGAUGAGCAGCAACAGGAGGAGGAAAACGGGAAGGAAGAGUAUGCGAAUAAGAGCAAGGAUGCGAAGGAGAAGGAGAAGGUGGAUGUAGCUCCGGGAGAAGGUGAGAAGAUAAAGGAGAAGGAAACCGAAAAGGCGGACGCCCAAGGAUCCCCUGAGAUCCAAGGCAAUGCGGAUAAAGUCAGCGAUCCAACGGCGGAUACAAAUGGUGCAAAGACCCCCAAGAGGCUGACCCCAAAGAUGGGUGCUCGAGCAUCAGCUCGUAUAAAGGCCAGGGAGGGCUCUAGAAGCAAUCCUGGAGCGGGGAGCGGUCCAGAGAACUCUGGCUCUGCCGCUGAAGAAACCCGCAAACAGCAACCACCACACCCAAAGAAAGAAACCGCUCGUGAGAGAAAGGCCAGACAGAAGGCGGCUGCGAAGCAAAGGAAAAAGGAGAAAGCUCUCGGCGACAGGGACGCAGAGUCUGAGAAGGGUACUACUGUUAUCACAACAGGCAUUAAGGAGCUCUACGUUUAGAAUUCUCUGUUUGAA